CAAAAGCUUGAAGACAAAUAUGAAAUGACAGUCUAUACUAUGGGAUCUCGUUCUUAUGCCAAAAAAAUUACUGAAUUUCUUGAUCCCGAUAAAAAGUUUUUUGCUAACCGAAUAUUAUCACGCGAGGACGGCUUUGAUCAGAAUUUCAAGACGCCCGCGCUAAAGUCAUUGUUUCCCCAUAAAACAUCGCAACUUGUUAUUAUUGAUGAUCGUGAAGAUAUUUGGAAUAACAUUGCAAAUUUGAUUCCCGUUUCUCGUUAUGUUUUUUUUCACGGCGUUACUGAUUUGAAUGCCACGCAGAGAGAUAGAAAGCACCAAGAAGAAGAAGAAAUUCUAUUUGAAGAUAAUAAAAACUAUAAAGUCCCAAGUUUAUCAGAACUUGAUGAUCCGCCUGAAGAAAUAAGCAAAAGCACUGAAGAUGCUGCACUGUACACUUUUAGUCAAAAGCAACGUGAAGUGUAUCCUCAAUUUCCUCAAUUGUUUAUCGCAAACACGCCCAAGUCUGUAUUAAAAAAAGAGUUAACAAAAGCAAUAGCCAGUUGCACAUUUAUGGCGGCCUCCCUCACCGAUGAAUAUAGACUGGCUUGGAGAAAAAAGGGAAUGAAGCGUAUAUUAUCUGAUCUUUCUAAAAUCCUCUUCUACAAUUUUGAUCAUGCGGUUGUCCAGUUGAGGGCGUGCCGACUUUCUUUCGGGCCGGACGAGUACAAGACUUUUGGAAGUUCUGAGAAAGAUGAUUUUCCUAUCUUGUGGAAUUUAUUAUUUCCGUCUGCUCCACUUCAUGAUCCUGAUGAUGUCUUGUUCAGCUUAUAUACUGUCCUUGAGAAUGUUCACUUUCUUUAUUAUGAAACUUUUUCUCAUACUGAAGAGGCUGACUGUGGAAAAAUAAUACCACAGCUGAAAGGCGAUAUUUUAGCAGGAAUAACCAUUUUGUUUUCUGGUGUUUUUCCUAAAGAUUCAAGAAAUAUUACUACUAACGAACUUAUGCAGAACGCAAUAAAGUUUGGGGCCAAAAUUACUGACGUAUUGGAUGAAACUGUGACUCACGUUCUUGGGAUGAGGACUAUAACCACCAAAAUUCAAGAUGCUCGCAGAUUGGAGGGAAUAAAAAUUGUGCAUGUCAAUUGGUUGCGUGACUGUAUUGCUCAUUGGAAACUUUUACCUGAAGCUAAAUAUCAACUGUUUUAUGUUCCUGUGGGUAACACAAGCGCGCGAGAAAUUUGCUCAAGUAAUGAAAUGAAACAAAAAAGUUGUGAACAAAUUGAAUUUGUGAAUCCGUCAAAAAAAAUUUGCGCUGAUGAAGAAGACGAGCAUAACAGCAGCGAAUCAACUGAAGGCAUUCUGUUUAAUAGUAGCGUUACGGAAAGUGACGACGGUGAUUGGCUGGAUAUGGGGGAUGUAUUGGACGAAUAA